AAGAGCGGCCUCGUCACUCCUCCAGGCACAAAGAUAAAGGCACGGGCUUAUGUAACUCUUUUAAAGGAACCUGAUCCUCGCUCACCCUCUGGUUUUGUGAGUUAGCGCUUUCUUUGGGGAUCCGAUUCCGCCGCAGCCACCCAGGCUGAGCUCCUGCAUCCUGCUCCUGCUGUCCCGCACACCUGCAGUGCCACAGUGUCACACAUGGCCAACGAAGCGAGGCCAUGCCCGUGUGAUAUUGGAGACAGGUUUGACUACGGAGGCCGAGGGCAGGAGGUGCAAGUUGGGCACAUCAAGGCGUACGUCUGCAAACCUUCUGCCAGCGCCGACAAAGCCGUGAUUGUGAUUCACGACAUUUUUGGGUGGCAGCUCCCAAACACCAGAUACAUAGCUGACAUGCUAACAACCAAUGGAUACACAGCCAUCUGCCCAGAUUUUUUUGUGGGACAAGAAGCUUGGAAACCUUCUAAUGACUGGGCAACUUUCAAUGACUGGGUGAAAACACGGGAUGCUGGCAAAAUAGACAAAGAAGUUGAUGUUGUCCUCAAGUAUCUAAAGGACCAAUGUGGUGCAAAGAAGAUUGGUGUCGUUGGGUUUUGCUGGGGUGGAGCAGCAGUGCAACAUCUGAUGCUGAAAAAUCCUCAUUUCAAGACCGGAGUGUCUGUCUACGGAGUGAUCAGCCGUUUUGAGGACAAACACAGUUUGCUGCAUCCUACCUUCUUCAUUUUUGGUGAGAAGGAUGACAUUAUUCCAUUGGAACAGGUCACCUCGCUGGAGCAGAAGCUUAAACAAUACUGUAAAGUUGAUUAUGAAGUUAAAAUUUACCCUGGACAGACACAUGGGUUUGUGCAUCGCAAAAGAGAAGAUAUCAAUCCUCAAGAUAAACCUUAUAUUGAGGAAGGAAGAAAGGAUAUGAUCAACUGGCUGAAUAAAUACCUUUAGGUUAAAUUAAUGCCAAUAAAAAAAAUCAGUUGUUGUAGGAAAUCAGAAAAUAAUACAGGCUAUAUUGUUUAAUAUGUUCUUACAACCAUAAAAAUAUUUUGUAAAACUUUUCUGCAAUAACACUACUUAUUUGCACUUACCUUCUAAGUAGGGGCUUAGAAAUGGCUUUUCAAAUGCUAAAAGCUAUAAAUGUAAAGAAGGUUUUUAACACUGGUCUUGUAUAUCUUAAAAUUAUUAGAAUUUCUUGUCUCAUAUUUUCUGGCACCUGAAAGUUUAAUAUUUUU